AUGGAUCAUAUUAGAAGUAGAGACGAAGAGAAUAAUAUUCUGUGGAAAUAUGUCACUAAAAUCGGGAAAUUAGGGGACGGUGGUGGUAAUUGUAAAUGGGUUUGUAAUUUCUGUCAUCAAGAAAAACAAGGAAGUUACACCAGGGUUAGGGUUCACCUCUUAAAUAUUAAGAAGCAAGGGAUUGCAGGUUGCACGAGUGUUGGCAAGGAUGAUAUUUCUGAAAUGAAGAAGAUGAUGUUUUAUACUGGGGGCAUACCUUUUAAUCUUGCUAAUAAUCCUUAUUUUCUGAGCUCUUUUGUAUUUGCUGCUAAUCAUUCAUUGGGUGGUUAUGUUCCUCCCAGCUUCAAUAAAUUGAGAACCACAUUGCUCCAGCAAGAAAAGGCACACGUGGAGAGGUUGUUGGAACCUAUUAAGAGCACUUGGUUCGAAAAAAGUGUUAGUAUUGUGAGUGAUGGUUGGAGUGACCCACGGAGGAGACCUUUGAUUAAUAUUAUGGUUUUUUCUGAGUCUGGUCCUAUGUUUGUCAAAGCCGUGGAUUGUUCUGGUGAGAUAAAAGAUAAACAAUUUAUUGCAAAGUUGUUGAAAGAAGUAAUCCACGAGGUUGGACAUGAAAAGGUUGUUCAAGUUAUUACUGAUAAUGCUAGAAAUUGUAAGGCCGCUGGAGAAAUUAUUGAAGGCAUGUUUCCUAAUAUUUAUUGGACUCCUUGUAUUGUUUAUACUCUCAAUCUUGCUUUGAAAAAUAUUUGUGCAGCUAGAAAUGCGGAAGCUAAUCAAGUUACAUAUGACUUGUGUAGUUGGAUAAGUAUCGUUCAUGCAGAUGCUAUGCAAAUCAAGAAUUUUAUAAUGAACCAUAACAUGAGGCUAGCUAUUUUCUAUCGGUUUAGUCAUUUGAAGUUGCUUUCAGUUGCCGACACUCGUUUUGCUUCUGUUGUUGUCAUUCUUAAGAGAUUCAAGCUUAUUAAAUGUGCUUUAGGGUUAAUGGUUUUCAGUGAACAAUGGGCACAAUACCGAGAAGAUGACCAAGGGAAAGCUAGAUUUGUUCGCGAUACGGUGGUGAAUGAAGAUUGGUGGAAAAAGGUUGAUUACAUUCUUUCUUUUACUGCCCCGAUUUAUGAAAUGCUUAGAAAUUGUGAUACAGACAAGCCAUGUCUUCAUUUAGCUUAUGAGAUGUGGGACUCCAUGAUUGAAAAAGUGAAGAAGACUAUUUAUGAGAAUGAAGGAAAGCAACGAAUUGAAUCUUCUGCUUUUUAUGAUGUGGUCCAUGAGAUUCUUGUUGAUCGUUGGGCAAAGUAUAAUACCCCUCUUCAUUGCUUGGCUCACUCAUUAAACCCAAAGUAUUAUAGUGAUAAAUGGCUUCGAGACGGAGAAGGUAGAUUGCCACCUCAUAUGGAUGGAGAAGUUUCAACUGAAAGAAUCAAGUGUUUUAAAAGAAUGUUCGCAAACGAAGAGGAUCGUGCAAAGGUCAAUGAUGAAUUUGCCAAUUUUUCUCUCAAGCUAGAAAGUGGUGGGCAUGCUAUGGUUCAACUUCUCCUUUGCUUCAACGAUUGGCAUUUAGGGUUCUUGGACAACCUACUUCCUCCUCUUGUUGUGAAAGGAAUUGGAACAAAGAUGUGGGACGUUGGUGGGGAUGAAUUUGGAAGUAUGGAAGAUACAGGAAUUCUUGAAAUUGCCGACCUUUCUUUAGAUGAACCAGAAUUAGAGACCGUACUUUUUACUGAAGAUGAGGCGGCUGAAAAGUAG